AUGAAGUUCUCCACCAUCAUCGCCGCCGCCAUGGCCACCUUCGCCGCCGCCGCCCCCGUCGCCGACUCCAACACCGCCGCCUCGACGCCGUCGCUCCAGUCCCUCGAGUCCCGCGCCGUCUUCGACCUGUCUCAGCUCAACGGCCUGCAGGGCUUCCAGAACGUCGACCUCAACUACCUGCUGCGCCUCAACAGCGUCGACCUCAACCUCUUCGCCCAGCUCGGCCAGGUCCAGAACUUCAACCUGCUCAACUUCCAGCACCUCUUCAACGUCCAGCAGUUUGACGUCCUCGCCCUGCUCCAGCUGCAACAGCUCCAGACCCUCCUCGCCCUGCACGGCCAGGGCGUCUUCAACGGCCUCAACCUCGUCGACUUGCGCCUCGGCGGCCUCAACCUCGGCCUCGUGGGCGGCAUCCAGGGCGUCAACCUCGCCCAGUUCAUCGGUGGCGACGUCAUCCCUCAGGUCGCGCAGAUUGCGCAGCAGCCCACAAACUUUGUCAUCGUCGCAAAGAACUAA